AUGGCUUCUGGAUUUGCAUUGCCUGAACUUCCCCCGGUUAAGUCCGCUUGGGGACCCCCGGAGAACAUUUCUGUUGCCAGAGAUGAUGUUCCUUACGCUCCCUUUAGCAAGGGAGACCGUCUUGGCAAAAUUGCUGACUGGUCUGUUGACCAGACAAAGGACGGACGUGAACAACGUGGCCGUCAAGGCCCCUUCGGUGGCCGUUUCCGUGACCAGUACCAAACUUAUGGUUACGGAUCCUCGUCCAUCUUUGGAUACCAACAUACUGAGGAUGAAUCCUCUUUCUCGGUCAUUGAUCGUGCCAACGUGAACCGUUCGCGUACUGGUGGACGUGGAGGUGGCACUCUGCUCAAGGUGCGUGGCCGUGGACAAAACAACCAACGUGGAGGUGCUCGUGGCGGCCGCUGGGGUGGUCGCGGUGGUGCUGAAACGACGAUUUCUCGUUCUAAUGGCCCUGGUGCCAACAGAGGCCGUCGUUACGGCUGGAAGGACUAUGACAAGCACCAACGUAACCGUAACGCUAGUGUUACUGUUGAGCCUUCGUGGGAGAUGUUGGACGAGGUUGAAUUCAGUCAUCUUUCCAAACUCAACUUGAACGUUACCAAGUGCGAGACUGUCCAGACUUGUGGUUACAUCUAUCCCUACGACAAGGCUCUCGAUAAAAUUUCCGUCAAGACCGAGCGUCCUCUGCAAGUUUUGGACCGUGUCCACUACAACCCUACCACGACGGAGGAUCCUGUCAUUCAGCAAUUGGCCGUCAAGAACGCCGCUCAAAUUUUCAUCACAAGCUCCAUUUUGUCGCUUCUUAUGUGCUCUACUCGUUCCAUUUACCCAUGGGACAUUGUCAUUACGCAUCAAGGAGACAAACUCUUCAUUGACAAGCGCGAGGGUGGUCCGUUUGAUUACUUGAGUGUUAAUGAAAACGCUUACGAUGCUCCUUUGGAAACUGAUGAGAAGGACAACAACAAUAGUGCUAGUGCUCUUUCGCUCGAGGCCACCUACAUUAACCAGAACUUCUCUGUUCAAGCUCUGCGUGAGUCUGACAAGGAUAAGCAUUCUCUCGGUGCCCCCAACCCCUUCUACAACCCCUCUGAAGAGACGGAACCUCUUGCCUCCCAUGGAUACCUUUACCGCAAGUUUGACCUCUCUCUCGAGAGCGACAACACUCCUGUCAACUUGGUUGUUCGUACAGAGGUGGAUGGUUACACUAAGACUCCUGCUAACGACAUCCAAUACGUCUCCAUCAAAGCACUUAACGAAUUCGACCCUAAGGUGUUGAACAACACCAGCACAGCUGACUGGCGUACCAAGUUGGAGAGUCAACGUGGUGCUGUCUUUGCCACUGAGAUGAAAAACAACAGCUGCAAGCUGGCUCGUUGGACUGUUGAGGCUAUUCUUGCCGGUGUCGAGAGCAUGAAGGUCGGUUUCGUUAGCCGUGCCAAUCCUCGCGACGCUCAGCAUCACGGAAUUUUGGGUGUCGUUGCUUACAAGCCUCGUGAUCUUGCUUCCCAAAUGAACUUGAGUCUCUCUAAUGGUUGGGGUAUUGUCCGUACCAUUGCUGACAUUUGUCUCAAGAUGCCCGACGGUAAGUACGUCUUGGUGAAGGACCCUAACCGUUCCAUCUUGCGUCUCUACUCUGUUCCUCUCAACACAUUUGAGGAUUCUGAGAGCGGAGCCGCCGAGUCUUCCUCUGCUUAGGUUUUUCUGCAGGGACGACAUAAAAAAGAACUAGCUAAUUAAACGCUGCAUCUGGAAGUUUGAAGGUAUGGAUGGGUGGGUCUCGUUGCGUGUGUAUGGGAAGAGAUGUUGUGAAUUGGUGCGAG